AUGGAAACCAUGAUCAAUGAAGGUCCAUACCAAUCUAUUUCGCAAGAUCCCACUAGCAUUGAAGCAUUAAAGAUUGAGAAUAUUUGCAACAAAUUAACUUCGGCACAACGUCUUACAAAGACUACUGCAGAAAUGUUGAAUGUGAAGAAUCCUACUCCCCCUAUCAUUUAUGGGACACCAAAAAUUCAUAAACCCAAUGUUCCUCUAAGACCCGUGGUAGACUUCAGAAAUUCACCUACGUACAAUAUGGCAAAAUAUUUAUCGCAAAUAUUAAAAGAGUUAGCCAAAGGACACAAAUACACGUUGAAAAACUCAACAAAAUUUAUUGAAGAGAUCCGCAAUAUUAAAUUAAGACCUGGAGACAUGAAGGUUUCGUAUGACGUGGUUUCACUUUUCACGAAGGUGCCUAUCCCAGAAACACUAAUAUAUAUUGAAAAAUUACUGAAGAAAUACAAGGACUUGGACAAAUUGACAACAUUAACCGUUCAGGACAUUAUGGAAUUACUCGAGAUUUGUUUGUCCUCCACAUAUUUCAAAUACAACGGUCAAUAUUAUCGUCAAAAGGAAGGUGCAGCAAUGGGAAGUCCACUAUCACCAAUAAUAGCAGAAUUAUUUUUACAAAUGCUGGAGAAUUCAAUUAUAAAGAAUUUUCGGGACAUCAUACUUUGGAGACGGUACGUAGAUGAUGUUAUUGCAAUUAUAAGACAAAGGAGAAACAAAAAGAUACUCCAAGAAAUUAACAAUUUCCACCCAUCCAUAAAAUUCACCAUCGAAGAAGAAAAAGAAGGACGACUCCCAUUUCUUGAUGUAAUGACCUAUCAAAAGAGUGAUAAUUCAAUUGGACAUCACAUCUAUAGGAAGCCAACCCAUACCAAUCAAUAUCUAAAUUAUGGAUCGUUUCAUCCACAAGCACACAAAAUAGGGGUCACAGAUACACUGUUAACACGUGCAUAUAAGUUAUCUGAUGAACAACAUGUAAACGAUGAAGUAAAUUACACUACACAAGUAUUGAGACAAAAUGGUUAUCCCCAGAGACUGAUCAAUCAACGAAUUCAGAAAAUGAAAUAUAAAAUAACAAAUGGAAUUAAAACCGUCCAAGACAAAGAGAAGAGGAUAAUUCUACCCUGGGCAGAAUGGUAA